AUGACAUCGCAAGAAGCACACAGUCCCGCCACACUGGACGAAUAUUACAGCGCUCACAGGCCUAGUACGGAUUUCCAAAGCGCCGUGGAGCCAUCGGAAGCAACAAAAGAAUUUUCGUUGCCUACAUCGGAAUCAGCGCAUCAAAAAGAUGAGGUGCGGUCACAAGUGGAACAAAUCACAAAAUCAUCACCUUUGGAGUCAGCGGAGGAAACUUUUCAAGAAGCUUCUGUGCAUGGCAGCGCUGAGGCUGCAGAUGCGCCCUACCAAACGCUCGCUAAGUCAAGUGAUCUCGAAGGAACCUCGGUACAUCCAUUGGAACAAGAGUACCAACUGUCCGAAAAGACGCACCAGCGGUCAGAGUUCGACUCCUCGAAAGGAUUAGAUGGAGAAGCAAUAGAAGUAAAAUCUCAGAAUAUAUCCGGCUCUGCCAAAAAGUACGAACGCGUUCCUGAAUCCUUUCCGCAACACAAGACGUUUGCGGUGCCUUUGGCGAAGACGGAGGAUGGUUAUUUGCCUUCUUCGGGAGCAGCGCUUCAGCAGCACGAGGGACUGCAACCAGAGGUCGAAGUUAUUACGAAGCCACCAGGUGAAGAAUCGACUGAUUUGACGUCGGAAGAAGCUCUGUUCCCGAAAUCGAAAGGAUACGGUGGCUCUUUCCAAAUAGACCCGCAAGACCAGCCCGUGGCUGAGCAAUUGGUAGAGAUAGAAGACUCUUCCGUACCAACAUCAGAGUUAACGUAUCAGCUGUCAGGUAGAGUUGAAGCCGGGUCCGAGAUUAGCAUGAAACCAUCAUCUGAAGAGCCAGUAGAAAAAACAUCCGAAGAAAGUCUGGCUGCUAAAUGUGCUAGUAACGUCACUGUUAGACAAGUACACCAACCCUCUGCGGCACAUUUAGUCGAGACCGAACAACUUUCCGUACCAGCCACAGAAACGGCACGCCAAGCACGCGAGAAAGAACAAACCGAAGUCGAGAAUUUGAUGAAACCAUCAGCUGUGCAGCCGACUGAAUUUGCAUUUGGUGAAACCUUCACCGCUCCCGAACCACAUCUGCAAUACCAGCCCUUCGCGAAGACAUCCGUACAAGCAACGGAGCCGGAGUACGCGUUAGUUCCUGAAUCAGAAUAUUCAGUUUCCACUGCCGAAGCAGCACGUGAACCAACAGGGCUGAGUGUGAAAAACUUGGAAGGAGGGAGUCGCAGAGAGUCCGCUGGAAAAACAUCCGAUAAAAUAAUGCCACGUAGCACUAGACAAGAGCAAGGCACGUCUGAUAGCGAAAUGCGAGCCACGGAACAACCAGAAUAUAGCGAGGAGGUUUCCAUGUUUCCCACAGAAACAACGUUACAAUCCUCGCUGGAAGCGCAGCGAGAGUCGGAAGCCAUGCCGGAAGCGAUUGUUCAGAAGAUGCCUGAAAGAACGCUUAAAGGCAGCUUCGCGCCAACUACAGAACAAGGCGCACGACCUCCGGAAGGAACAGCAAUCGAGUCCAGGUCAAAUCUCGGUGCGACACUAGGCGUGCCGCCGGAAAUAGCUGCGCAAGAGCUGGAACCUCCUCCACAGAGACUCUGGUCCGAACUACGCGCCGAAGAAGUCCCGAAAGGAGACGACGCUCGGAGUGAGACCUCGCCUCUCGCGACCACCGAGACUGGCAGGCAGAAGAACGAGCUAGCCGUGUUGCCUUACAAUAGUUUCUCCAAAUCCUACUUCAGCAAUUUGCCGGGAUUGCAAGCACCGAAAACGCGAACCGAGGACACAGUCACUAUAGAACCGUCAGAACUCCACACGCUUGAACACGGUCCUAUCAUGGAAGCCGUGGUGGCGCCAGACUUCGUACCUUCCGUGGAACACGCCGCUCCGCCUUCGCAGCGGACCUCCCCUGAAAUCACGGCUCUGGUGUCGGCCGAUGCAAAACACCCGGUAGUCGCGGUGCAGGAAGGCGUCGCGUACGCGGCGCUCUCGUAUCCAGACGACCGCGACGUGUUCGCCGUAUAUGGCGACAUCGACUUUCUGACUCCCCUGGCCACGAUCGACGCGGAACUGCAAGCGCAGAUCGGCGGCUUUCCCCAGGACACUUUGGUGCCCGUGCCGCCGAUGGACUUCAGUCCGAGCAUGGUCGCCGAAGCGCAGCCUCCGGAGCCGCUGGUGCAGCUGAGAGAAGACAGUCCUUCCGCCGUGACCCGCGUAGACUGGCCUGUCGUGGAAGCGUUUCCGGGCACGUCUACAGCGCCGAUCGAGAUUUCGCAGCUUGGUGUGCCAGCCAGGGUUGAAAGCUCGAUGGGCGAGGAGCCGGGCCAGAGUCGAAGAGAGAAGAAAACGUCGAGGUGA